UCAGACUGAAUGCUUCGGGAUCUCAGAGAAGCAUCAGACGCAUUCUAUAAAACACCAGCCUUCACUGUGAACUACUCAUGACCUGUAUUUUAACGACAGACGGAUUAUUUAAACCACCUUCUAUAUUCUAGGACUGCUGAUUAUAAUAAAAUCUUUCAGUGACACUCACUGAAAAUGAACUUUUUAUAAUGGAAAUCUUACACCCGGAGUGAAGUUGAUUUACGAGCUGAAGAGAGGGAUUCGACUGGGGAAACGUUUUUAUUUAGUUGCUGUGUGACAGUGUAAUAAUGAUGGAUCAUGACACUCAGUGGCUGUACCAGCUCCUUGCUAGUGUGCAGUUAGAGAGAUUCUACGUAAGGAUGCGAGAUGGACUCAAUGUGACACGCAUUGAGCACCUGAACUAUGUUAAAGAAGCAGAUCUGGAACACAUUGGCAUUAGUAGACCAGGACAGCGACGAUUAUGGGAUGCUGUCAGACGUUACAAAACCAACAUGCGACCAUGGUCGAAGGUGGCUAAGGCCUUCAGUGGACGCACCCCAGAAGGAAGUGAGCAGUCGAAUGGUGUUGGGUCAAGCCAGGGGCCAGAACCAGGGCGCACACUCCCCUGUCUUAUCCAGGACAGUGAACUGAUCUUUGGGGACAGGCUAGGCUCAGGUUCCUUUGGGGUAGUUAGAAAAGCAGAAUGGCAAACACCAACUGGACGAGUGUUGCCUGUAGCAGUGAAAACCUUGAGGGGCGGCGGAUCCAGAUACGGAGAUGUGGUGACAGAAUUCCUUCUGGAAGUUUCAACCAUGCAGUCUCUGGACCACCCCAACAUUAUACAUCUGUAUGGUGUUGUCCUUACUCAUCCUCUUAAAAUGGUAACGGAGCUGGCUCCCCUUGGCUCUUUAUACGACUCUCUGCGUCUACGACAGGGAGAAUAUCCUCUUUCACGGCUCUGGCUCUUCAGCACACAGAUUGCUGCAGGUAUGGAGUACCUAGAGUCCAGACGCUUCAUCCACAGAGACCUCGCUGCCCGGAAUGUGCUCUUGGCUUCUAAAGAACUAGUGAAGAUUGGAGACUUUGGACUGAUGAGAGGAUUGGGUCCCGACAGGGACCACUAUAUCAUGACGGCGCACAAACGCAUCCCCUUCGCAUGGUGUGCUCCGGAGAGUUUACGUGUGGGUACUUUCUCUCACGCUUCAGAUGUCUGGAUGUUUGGUGUCACAUUGUGGGAAAUGUUCACUUACUGUGAGGAGCCCUGGCUGGGGCUGUCCGGAAGACAGAUCUUAUAUCGUGUCGAGCGGGAAGGUGAGAGGUUGGAUAGGCCUUCAGACUGUCCGCAGGAGUUAUAUUCUGUGAUGCUUAAAUGUUGGGCCUGCAGUCCCGCUGACCGACCGACCUUCUCUCAGCUCACCACAUUGGUAGCAGAGGCUCAACCUAUGGAGGUUCGAGCAGUGAAAGACUUCACAGAGCUCAGAAAACUCUCUCUACAGGCGAAUGAUUUAGUGACUGUAAUAGAUCAUCGGCUGGAAAUGUGUGAGUGGAAGGGCCAAAACCAGAGAACUCUAAGUGUUGGCUGGUUUCCCCCAGCUUUGACUGCCCCGGCUCUCACAGCAGCAGUUUCUGCGCCUGGUCCGGCUCUGAUCUCUUCCCCUGUUAAAGGCAGUCUACAGCACACUGGCCAUGGAGGCACGGACCAGGCAAGCAGCUGGGGCAACCCAGAACGAAUAGAUGAAUCCAGAUGCUGGAGGAUUCCAUUAGCAAGAGAGAAGGAAGGCUCCAAUCUGAAGAAAAUGGCAGGCAUCUCAAGGAGUCUGGAGUCUGUCCUUGGUGGUUCACAGGACAAAGGUCGAGGUCCUGGUGGGAAUGCAGCUCAGAGAGCCGACCCACGCAGACUCAUGCAGCGCAAUGUAAUGCAAGAUCCUCGCAGGUUUAGUGAUGCUAUUGUCACCCCACCCGCACGGCCACCACCCCCCAACUUCAAAUCCAUCAGCCAACAAAACACUGGCUUAAAAUGCGUCAAACCCCAAAUAAUGAUCCAGGAUCGGAGACCAGUAAACCCAGCGGGCUGGGGCCCUCAAACUCAUUCACAGCUACAGUUCCAGUUCCAGUUCCAUCCACAGCAGCAGUGUUUAGGGAAUAACAACCUCACAAGGAUGGCACAUCUGGCCAAGUCAAGCCCUCAGUUAGAUGAUGGCCCUGAGACAGAGAAGGAGAGAGACAAAGAGCAAGAGAGAGAAAGAGAGCGGAGGUAUCCGCCACAAGUUGACAAGGAAGCGGUUAUUGCACAGGUUCAGGAGGCAGUACAUGGAGUGACCAUUGAGCAGGUUCAGAAAGCUCUGUGUCGCAAUGAAUGGAAUCCUGUAUGGGCAGAGCAGCAGCUUAAGACAGACCAGCUGUAUUACAUGACUCAGUACUCUCGUGAGGAAUGUCAAAAAGUCCUUGCCCGCUACAAAUGGGACCUGCAGCUGGCAGGACGUUACAUCAUCCGACAAGACAGAGAUAGAGACAGAGACAGAACUGCACCGGAUAGAAGAGGAGAAAGAGUUUAAUGCAAGACAAUGUUAACUCAUAAGAUGGUUCAUAAUUAUUGAGGAUUUCAUGUUUCUGUGAUAUCGAUGAAUUGUCAAGAGGUUUCCAUCCACUUCCAAUGUAAAACCAUCAAUAGUGAUUAUUUGCUUGAUUAAUCCAUUCAUGAUAUCAGUUAUUUGUUUGGAAAGACAGUAUAAACAUUCUUUUUAAACGCAGAAUGACAUUCCAGUUGCCAUUGUGACUAUUGUUAGUUUGCAGUUUUUGUACAUAAAUUAGGUUUGUUAAAAUUUUAAAUGUGUUAAAUUCAGUAAAACUGUGUAAAUGUAUAUGAUGAAUUUGUAAAUACAAAGUCUUAUAAAUAUUUGUAUCCGUUUAAUAAAGUAAAUCGUGCAUUUA